GAAGGUCGCCUUGGAGAUGUUAAAACGGCGCCCGCGUGCGCCAAACGUCGAGACCAACGCGGCGGACCGGCGACGCGUCAACGAGAUGAGGACGUGUCUCGUUGCUUUGGUGUCCGCGCUUCUGCUGCAGCUCUGCAGCCCAACGCUGCAGUCGGACGCACGCCAGUCCAAUGACGACGCGCGGCUGAACGUGGCCCUGGGGGAGGUGGUCCCACCCCUGGAGGCGGGCCGUGACCCCGCCCCACGAGGCCCGGGCUCCUCCUCCUCCUCCUCCUCCUCCUCGGCCGACUUCGGCGAGCACGCCAACCUCAGGUGGGUCCCGUGGAACGGCUCCCUGCCCGAUGGGGCGGUAGCCAUCUUCAAUGGCUACGCGCAGCGCACCGACUACGUGUGCAAGGUCGAUUGCGAGGCGGGCUUCUUCGCGGGCGACGCCUGCCGCUACCCGUACGCCGACAAGGAGUACGCGUCCACCGACUUCGACGUGCUGGUCAACGUGGACCGCUUCGAGUUCCUGGAGUGGGCGGAGGACUCGUACGGCUCGGUCCCCUCGCACGCCGUCCGGACGUGCCGAGACGUCGACAUCUUUGUGGGCAAGAACAAGUACGGCCUCGGCAAGGUGGUGAGCCAGCACGAAGCCUUCUUCCUUCCGUGGGAGGGCGACGAGUACUGGUACAAGAGCUACCAGGUCCUGCGGGUCAACCCGGACGUGUACAGCCAGCACGUCUCGCACGUGGAGUACGCCGUGGACCAGAUGAAGCUCUUCCACCACCCGCCCGAGACCCUGCAGCUGGCCAAAGUCACCAACCUGGAGUGCCGCGCCGUGCGCAAGACCGUUUCGCUGGACAAGACCAGCACCAGCGAGAAGACCUGGGACAUCGGCCGCGAGACCCGCAAUGGCUCCGUGUCCACCAUGAAGGCCAAGGUGCCCAUCCUGGGGCCCGGCAACGUGGACUUCACCGAGGAGCGGACGGUCACCUUCGCCGAGGGGACCCGCCUGCUCGAGUCCGUGAGCCACUCGGUCAGCGUGGAGAUCCUGGUGCCGCCCAACUUCUGGUGCGGCGUCAGGAUGGACGGACGCAAGAUGAGAGCCGACAUCCCCUUCCGGGCGCGGCUGAGUCGCACCAACCACAACGGAGACACGCACUGGACCUCCGUCGCGGGGACCUACGACGGCGUCAGCGUGGGCGAGAUCAACGCCGUGGUGGAGCGAUGCCAGCCGGUGGCCGACGCCGUUCCGUGCCGGCUCACGCAAGGCUGAAAAUUACAAAAAAAAAAAUGUGGUUUUGCACGAAGAAAUAAAAUCUUUUCACGAAGAUUA